CUACUCGCUUUUAGGAAGGCCCGCCACCAGGAACAUUGGCAGACUCGACUCUGAACACGUUUUUUCGAUAUUUCAAAAAAACAGAUUUACAUUACCUUGCGAUUUAGGUAUACAUAGCUGUAUGCCAAAGCACAAGAUCGAAUUCACAUAAACUUAUUGCGGUACAAAACAAACGUGGAACGACAAUUUUUUUGGUAAUUAGGGGUUCGGAGCCGCGGCGCCGAAUUUAAAAUGCUCCGUCUGGAGCAUUCGAAUGUUUCAUCAGCAAAGCAAAUCGCGGCUCACCUGCAUAUGUAAUAAACGAGUCGUGCGGAACUCAUCAAUGGCGCGGAGUUGGGUCUGCGAGCUGCUGCCAGUUUGACUAACAUACCCAACGCUCAGUAGUAGGGAAGGUAUCGUUCGACAACUGUUGUGGUGCCAAAGCUAGGCCCAGACAAGGCCGUCGAGCGAACAGCAAAUUAAGUCAACAUGGAUCCAGAAACGUUUCUUGAAAUUGCUAACCAUGUUAGCAAACUCAAGAUGUACCCAUACUUCGAGUUAGCGCAUUGCAUCGUUACCCUGCUAUAUCUUCGUGAAGAUCUAGGAACCGGAUCGCAACUAUUCUCUCGUAAACACCCACUAUCCUGCUGGGUGAGCUCUAUGUUCUCAAUCUAUGCAGGAGGGAUCUUUGCUGCCCUAUUGCUCGGAGAGCCCGUUCUCGCAGUCCUCAAAAGCAACCAGAGCCUUAUUCUUGCUACUGCCUGCUGGUACUUAAUUUUCUAUUCGCCAUUUGACAUCGUGUAUAAGUUCUGCAAGAUCCUGCCGAUCAAACUGGCUAUCGCAUUAGCAAAGGAAGUUACUAGGGCAAAGAAAGUUCAUGAUGGAGUGCAUCACGCCGCAAAAAUUUAUCCUAGUGCGUACAUUAUCAUGGUCAUCAUUGGCGUUGUUAAAGGUAACGGAACCUCGUUUCUGAAGGUGUUCGAACGGCUUCUUCGUGGCUUCUGGACGCCUCAAGCUAUGGAAAUCAUGCAGCCAUCAUUUGCAACAAAAGCAUGUGUCAUCGCUUCUCUUGUCUUUGUCGUUGACAAGAAGACGGAUCUUAUCUCGGCGCCGCAUUCGCUUGUGUACUUCGGCGUCGUCGUGUUCUUUGUCUAUUUUAAGCUUUCCUCGGUCGUCCUAGGUUUGCACGAUCCGUUCAUUCCGUUCGAGAAUCUUGCUUGUGCCAUAUUCUUCGGUGGAAUCUGGGACGCAAUUUCAAGGGCAAUCAACAAGGGAGGAGAUGCCGCCGGGAGUGGGCUUAAAGACAACAAAGAUACAGCCGCCAAAAAGAAAGAGUAGAGAUAAUUUCGUGGCCAUCAACUGUGAAACACCUUGUCUGAUUACAGUGUGUUGGAGAGUCUUACGAUGUUAAGUACCAUUAAUAGAAAGGUCACCACUGCCUCUUGCAAUCACGCUAUCGGAUACAGGAUAUGAAGGUUUUUCAGCGUCGGAAGAGCUUGUUUGUCAUCGUUCUCGGAGUCAUCCGAGAACCAUGAACUAUCUUUACCGAUGCGCUUCUUUUUUAUCCCUUCACACCUCUGAGUAACCACAGAAAAGUUUUCAUCCAAUGCAACAUUCGAGUUCACAGCAUGAACAUGUCCUGUCCACCGCCCUCUUUUUCUUAAUAAUAUUGACUUGCAUUUAGCCAUUUAGCUAUAUAUAUAUAUAUAUAUAUAUAUAUAUAUAUAUAUAUAUAUAUAUUCCUUUUUUAAACGAGAGUGAAAUGACUGCAAUUUUUUCCCAAAUAUAGUCACAAAUAUAUAGUUCAUAUAUCGUAGUGCUAUAUAAACACACGGCUAGAUAUUUUAGAACAAAAAUGUCAAGACAUGCGGGAAGAAAGCUGCAGGACCGCUUUGUCAUUGUUUAUUGUUGUAGAGGCUAUUACGUAACUAUUUAUACUUGCAUCAAGUGACGAAUCAAAAGAUCUAACUUCUGGAAUACAAUGGGGCAGCUGUAACUUGUGAGAAAGGCUUUUAUUUAGUCAGACGACGGGGUCUUCACACGGAAGUGUGGUGCAAUUUUUGUGUGCUCAUGUUUUUUUUUUGUUAUUUUAUUUUCGCUAUUAACGUGGACGCGAUCUAAGCACUUCCAAGUGAAAAGUGAUCGGUGUGUUGCUGAGGAAACCAUUUAAUUAAUGCCGUAACUGUACCAUUUCAAUAUGAUUACAUUUCCGUUGUUAAUGUAUGAAUAAAGCUUUCCCAUCAACAUGCUUUACAAUCUUACACAAUUUCACACAGGACGUCGCCAAGACGAUCAGACCGUUGCACUAUCUGUGUUUUGCCCCCAUGAUUUGCUCACUUACGUCGUACGUCGGACUGAAAGGGUUCUGAUGUAUAAAAAUUAUAAACUUUAUUGGCUAUUAUUUAAUAAACAGAAAUAACAUUUUGAUUACAUACAUUACGAA